AUGAAACGUUUUGUGAGACUAACGACUUAUACGAGAGGGUUCCAUGCCACUCGCAGGCGUUUAAACAUCAACACUCGAACUGAUCCCUUUGACCUCAAGAAUGGAUCUAAGACCGGGACCAAAGGCACUCCUUCCGAAGACUUUAUUGAUAAACUUCCUGAACAGCUUAUUUCGGAAGGAAAUGGGUUUGAUUCCACCACCGCUGAGAAUCAAAUUGAUACAUUGAGAUGUUACGAAAAGUUACUGCGAAGUGGUUUUACACCCAAACAAAGCUCUAUGGCGAUUGAAUUACUGCUAAGUACACUAAACGAGGAGUUCUUCGACGGUUAUAAUGACAAGUUUCUACGAAAAACCGAACUAGACACUCAGUCACAUCUCUUUAACGCUGCAGAAACAGAACUACGGUAUGCCAUUCAAAUUUCAAGAGAAACUGCUUUGAAUGAAGAAAACCUCAAAGUUUUGCAACUGAACCGGGGUCUGCAUUUGUUACAUGACGAACUGAACGAACAAUUUAUAAACCUACUAAAGAAGGAUUCCCAGGUUGAUUUUAACGACAGGAAAAUAGAGAACACUCUACUUCAUCGGAACAUUAAUUUGAAAUUGAAGGACUGCAAUAACAAAAUCGGUACUCGGAUAAUAGGUGACACCAGAUCAGACAUCGAAAACCUACGGUGGCACACCACCAGAAGUGGAGUUUUUGCUGUUUUAGGUUUAGUCUUCUUCAUCAUGAGUGGCUUUAACAUAUCGAAGCGAAUCAGUAGUGAAAAUGAAAAACCUGUCGAAGUGGUCUUGCACACAAUUGAACCCGAGGAAGAUCACGGAGCGGAAGAUGAAAUGAGUGAAUAA